AUGCGUCUUGUUAAUUCCCAGCUCAUAUUAUGGGGUAUUUACUCUCUACUGGUCCCUCAAAUAUCGUCUUUGUCCCUUCCUCAAACCCGUCCCUCCCACGACUUGCAGCUUCCCCAGGCCCAUGCAAAGCCGCUUGUUCACCGAAACGUUGCCCACGCGCAUUCACUCAAGCGCCGCGAAGAUUACGGCCCUCCUCGAAGCUCUCGCUGUGAUUAUCUUGUCGGGGGUGAAGCUGACUUCGACCCGCACACCUAUUACAUUUAUGAUUACUGGGGAGAGUUUGCAAAGGCGCAACUCGACGAAAGAAUAGGAAAAGGAGGCCAAGGAUCGAUUUGGCGGGGACUCCUCAUCUACCUCAAUACGAAAGAAAAUCAAAACGCGGGUAUUUCUAUCGACAAACCAGAGCCAGUGGCGAUCAAGGUUGCAAAGGGAGGCCGGGGGGUCGACUCAGGCCUCAUACAAAACCAAAUAAACAGUCGACAUGUGAUGCGCUUAAAGGAAAUUUUCUGGUCCAGUAACACCAGGGCGUCGAUUCAGGUCAUGCAAAGAGGCAGCCACGACCUCAUGAGUGUGGCGGAGGAGGACAAACCGUUUGAUUCACGGCCGUGGAUAACUGCCGCUGGAAUGGCCUUGAAGGCUGCCCACCGCAAAAAUAUUGUUCAUCGGGAUGUAAAGCCCGAAAACGUGCUGAAGGGAGACGAUGGUGUCUACUACUUGAUUGAUUGGGAUCUGGCAAAGAAGGUCACGAAGCAGAAGAAUGGAGAAAAAUAUGAUGUUUACAAACAGGAUGUUUGGGCAUUGGCCUGGAUGUGGUUGCUGUGCGAAAUCACGGGCCAUGCAGAAGGAGACGAUGCCGAGUACCUUUAUGAAGAGCUUACGGGGGGUAGGGGAAUGGAGAAGAAGCCGGGAUCAGAGGAAGAAGAAGAGGUGCCACCUGGCCUGACAGCCACGGACACCGUCAACCUUUUAAAGAGAAAGGUGGGUAAGUGGGUGGCACCUGCUAAGAUACCCUGGAUGGCAAAAGGUUUAUGCAAGCAGGAUCAGCGCAACGAAAUAGGGGAGUUUAUGGAAAUGUACGUGAAGGUGAAAGAUAUCGAGAACCCAAAAGCUGGGGAAGGAGGGAAAACAUAG